CAAUUCAAUAUUUGUAUGUGACGUGAUCAGCAAUCAAUGAUAAUUGAUAGUAAAGUAUGCAAUGAUAAAAAAAGUUUUGGGAAGCAAACUUUGAACCUAUUAGAUAAGUAAUAUGUUUACUGUAAAUAGACCGUUUUAAGGUCCCGUUAUGUCUUUGUCCCCACAAAUUUUGAUGUCGAGUGUAGCGCGCGAACGGUGUGUUGCGAAUAUAAAAGAGCUGCCAGGAUUUUUCUUCAAUAAAGAAAAACCUAAGUACAAUGCCUCUGUUUUGGUACCCUUAUGUGUGCAAAACGGCGAAGUGUAUCUUCUAUAUACUCUUCGAUCUUCAAACUUGAAAAACCAUAGUGGACAAGUAUCGUUUCCUGGUGGUAAAAAGGAAGAGGGUGAAAGUGUAGUGGAAACAGCUUUACGAGAAACUGAAGAGGAAAUAGGCGUUCCAGCAGAUAAAGUAGACGUAUGGUGCGAAAUGCCACAAGUGCAGGGAAGAAAUAAAGAUAUGCUCAUCACACCUGUAGUUGGUGAAAUAAUAAACUUCGACCCAACUGCAUUGCGACGUAACAUUAAUGAAGUAGAUGAAAUAUUUACUGUGCCAAUGAAAGAGCUAUGUGAUAUAAGAAAUCAUGCGCACCUAAAAUAUGAGAAACAUCCAAUACCUAUUUUCCUGUGUGAGAAACAUAAAGUAUGGGGUAUAACGGGACUUAUAACUCACUUAUUUUUACAGUGUUUUUUACCCUCUGAAGUUUAUAAAGGUGACUUUUUAAGAAAGAAAUUUACACUGGAUGAAUUAAUGCCAUCGAAACUUUAAUUACAGUUGAACCUGGAUAAAUGUGAGUCAAAGGGACCAUAAUAUAUCUCUUGCUUAUUGAGGUUUAUCUCUAUUUGAAGUUCUCGCUUAUGGUCGAGUAUUCAUUGGGUCACAGAGGUUUCUAGCUUAUCCAGGUUCAACUGUAAUUAUAACUAUGUGUAAAUGAAAUAGCCAAAA